UUAACACUUAAAACAAGAAAAGAAGAAAAAAUAGUCAAAAAUAAGAUCAAAGCAAAAAUACACUACGCACUGUUCUCUCGAUUUCUAGAAAAAUAAUGCCUGGUCAAAAGGUUGAAACGGGUCAUCAAGACACGGUUCAUGAUGUUGCGAUGGAUCACUACGGUAAACGGUUGGCUACGGCUUCUUCAGAUCAUACGAUUAAGAUAAUUGGAGUGAGUAACUCGGCUUCACAGCAUUUAGCAACUCUUACCGGUCAUCAAGGACCUGUUUGGCAGGUGACGUGGGCUCACCCGAAAUUUGGUUCUUUACUUGCGUCGUGUUCUUUUGAUGGGCGUGUGAUUGUAUGGAAGGAAGGUAACCAAAACGAAUGGAUCCAAGCUCAUGUGUUUGAUGAGCAUAAGUCGUCUGUGAACUCGGUUGCUUGGGCACCGCAUGAGUUGGGUCUUUGCUUGGCUUGUGGUUCGUCGGAUGGGAAUAUUUCGGUUUUUACUGCACGAGCAGAUGGUGGUUGGGACAGUUCAAGGAUUGACCAAGCUCACCCUGUUGGUGUCACUUCUGUGUCGUGGGCUCCUUCCUUGGCACCUGGCGCUCUUGUUGGUUCUGGUUUGCUUGAUCCUGUACAGAAGCUUUGCUCUGGUGGUUGUGAUAGUACUGUGAAGGUGUGGAAGCUUAACAACGGGCAUUGGAAGAUGGACUGCUUCCCUGCUCUUCAGAAGCAUACAGAUUGGGUUAGAGAUGUUGCUUGGGCACCGAAUUUGGGACUUCCAAAGUCUACUAUUGCAAGUGCUUCACAGGAUGGGAAGGUGAUUAUAUGGACUGUGGCCAAGGAGGGGGAUCAAUGGGAUGGAAAGAUUUUGAACGAUUUCAAUACCCCUGUUUGGAGAGUUUCGUGGUCAUUGACUGGAAAUAUAUUGGCUGUGGCUGAUGGGGGAAAUAAUGUUACAUUAUGGAAGGAAGCAGUAGAUGGAGAGUGGCAACAGGUGACAACUGUGGAACCAUAGAAUCUGAUCUUUGAUGUCUACUCUUUGUUUAUUGAGUUGAGAUUAUGGUUAGAAAUUUGUUUUUAAAAUUAUAAUUGUAACACCUUGUUUCUAUGCGUAUUAUAUAGUUGAGGAGUUAUGUUUUGUGAUACCUUUAGUUCCUUGAACAUUGUGAACCAUCAAACAUACAUUAUGUGCUUUCAAGAAUGAAGUUAAACAGCUUGAUUUGUUUUUUUCUA